CCACCACCAUCACCGCCUCACCGUUCCACACUAGACUUCGUUCGGCUCGACGACUCCGUACACGGCGCGUCUGCACGGCCUCGCUCGUCUUCGCGCACGCCACCGCCUGCUCUCAGGCCCGGCUGCGUCCGUCGUCCGAGGCGGCCCAAGCAUCCUCGCUGGCCGGCACCGCCUCGCUGUGCGCGAUGCAGGCGCCUCUCUCGCCCGUGGCCGCCGGGCCCAGCAGCAACGCAGGCAGCAGCGCCGCUCCGCCUUCCGAGCGUCUCGUGCAUCUACGCAUCAAGUCUCCCUCGCUCCCUCUCUCCUCUUCCCUCUCCUCCUCCACUCUCGGCGCAGGGGCGCUCGACAGCCUCGCCGUCGCGCCCCACACGACGAUUGCGCAGGUGAAGCGGCACAUUGAGGCGGCGUGGCCGGGCAGGCCGCGCGCCGAGGGCAUGCGCUGCAUCAGAGCGGGCCGCUUGAUGCAAGAUGAGGAGACCGUCGAGGGCAUGGGUGGCGUGAGUACGAGAGAAGUGGAGCGGCGGAGCGGGGGCAGCAGCGCAGAGGCAUGGGGUGAGACGAGAGACACGAGAGAAGCGGGCCGCGGGCCGUUGGCUCGAGGCACCAGAAUCGGACACGAGAGGGUCCAAGCUCGGUCUCCCCUACUUCUCUGGCAUGCAGCUCUGUAGCCAUACACUGCUUACGGGCUCGUUGCGAGGCUCUCUAUUGUGUCCACGCCUGUGCUCCAGCAGCCGCUCAUCGCUCUCUCCUCAUCCAUCUCGGCUCACACCCUCUCACCAACCAG